AUGGCUUUUCAGCAUAGAUUGGCUUCACUUACAGGACAAAAUCCCACAAAAAUCCCAAAUCUCCCCACACUACCAACAACUACGGAGACUAUUCAAUGGAGAAGCUUACGGGCGAAUCACUUGAACACGCUGAAAGCCCUCUCACCACUCGACAAUUCAGUCAAGUAUUCGGGAAGUGUGGAGAGCAAAUUCAAUGCGGUGGACUGGAUGCAAGCAGACCAUGCAGAGGAACUGGCGCACUUCUAUUCCAGCGCGGUUCUAGAAAUGCACUGUAACAAUUCCGCGGGUACUCGAAUCCCCGGAUCCGCAAUUCACGUGAUGCCCACGCAAGUUUCACAGCAUCCCAUUCCGGUUACUACACUAAACAAGCUGAAAUGUUUUCUGCCUGAUAAAUAA